AUGGCAAAUAAUAAUGCUUCUCAAGCAUUCACUUCAGCAGAUACAAAACAAGAAAGUCAACGUCAAUUAUCGGACAGCCGGACGCCGACUAAUUAUUUUAUUCUAUUCGAACAUUCAUUGUCUACAAGUUCCAACGACAUUGGUUUUCAUGAAUAUCUGGGUACUCGUUCUCGUAAUCAUCAUCACCAUAAAUUACAUUUACCACAAGUGAAGAAUAACCAAGAAACAGGCUCUAAUGGGACACCUGAAGAAUUUUCAAAUUGUAUCAAAGAAGUUUUAAAAUCAAUACCCUACGAUGAACUAUCAUCGUAUCUGAUUAGUGUUCGAAUGGGUGUUUCAUAUUUCUUUUCGAAACGUUUUCGCUUCAACAAUAUGUAUUCAAUUAAUGAAAUUCAAGAUCUGAUUAAAAAGAAAAUUCCAACAACAAAUGGUAAAUAUUAUUAUCUACCACGAGAAAAUUAUCCUAAUCAACGCGAUGAUACUCUGCGAUCGGCAUUUUGUAAUGUUAAACCAAUAAGUCAACCUCGUGAAUUCGUUGAGAAACUCGAAAAAUUUAGUUUUAAAGUGAAUCAACAGAAACAUGUCUACCGAGUUUAUUUACAAACAGAUGAUCAUCAAACUCAUAUUUGUACUAUUGAUCCUGCAUUGAAUUAUUCCAUUGUGGAAUUUUCAAAAGAUUUUCAACGGACUUCAAAUAUCGACUUUAUCCGUGAUCGUCGUUCAUCUCGAUUUCUAAAAGCGAAAACUUACGAUGAUGUAUUUGAUUUUCGCAUCCAAUUUCAAUACAAUCCUUGUACACGUAGGGAUCAAAUGGCUACCAUGGAAUAUGAAUUACGUCAACAAUUUCCAUCGCUUAGUUUCGAUUUUAAAAAUGAAAAUAUUCUGCAACCACUAAAUAAUAAUUCUAUUGAUGAUCAAGAACUUUCCAUAUGUAAAGAAUUAUGUCCAUAUGUAAAUUUUAUUCGACGUGAUUUCGGUGAUGUUUAUCAAAAUGAUGGUGAUGAUGAACUGUUUGAAAAUUUUACUAUUUUCCUUGAAUCAUCGGCUGAGUAUCAAAUUAAUCGUGAACAAUGCACAUGCAAACGUCAGCUAGAUACACAUGGAUUAGUCUAUGCUCGGUUAAAUCUAAAUACAAUGAUGUCAUCGAAUGUAAUUGAUGAAGAGUUAUUGAUAUUAAAAUUAUGGAAUAUGGGCGAAGGUUUAACAACCAUAGCUGGUCAAUUUACGACGGAUGAAACGCAACAAUCAACGAUUUAUCAUACGGCCGAUGGAAAUCAAUAUACAGCUCAUGAUGAGGCACUUGUACAAAGAAUACUGAAACAAUCAAAUUUACACUCAGCACUUGGUUUAAAUCGUAACGCAACUGACAACGAAAUCGUGCAAAAUUUCAAUCGCCUACAAGAUCGAUUCGGUACUAAAUGGAACUCUAUUCAAGGCGGUCGAUUCGCCAGCGAAAAACUUGAUACGUUAUAUAAAAACUAUUUUAACGAGCCGACCUAA